AUGGCCCGCAUCGCUUCGGACCCGGCAUUUGAUAUUCAACCCGAUUUCUCCUCACCCACUUUCGAAGGUCUCAGAGUCCGCUUCAUCGGGGGAACUCAGACAACCCACGAAGAAGUAGCUAACGAGCUGGUCACUGCUUGGCAGCAAGACCGCGACCUCAGAGUGACAGCUUGGAAAAGGCAAGUAGAUGAAGACGCAGAACUGGCAGCUGAUGCAGCCAGAGCCAUGCGGGAACAAGCAGACCACGAACGUCUACGCCUAGAACGCGAAGCAGAAGACGAGCUUCGCGAAGCGGAGAAAAAGAAGCCCAAAAUUAACGACUUUCAGACAGGCACGGCUGUAGGCGACACGCUCACCCCCCGCCCAUCUCAAUAUGCCAUCCAUAAACUGAAAUCGUUCGAAUACGUCGAGUUAUGGUACUUCAGCCCAGAUGGGUGCAAGGUAACCGCAGAUGAUGCCAAAACCAACGCCGAGGACACCUUUGGCCUAGCCAAGGUUGAUGACUUCGUAGCACUCAAGCCAGUCGCAUCCUUCAAAGCAUCUCGCAAAGCUAUUCAGGACCACAACCUCGAGUGGCGCCAGUUUGAUCUCGCCAAGAACAGCUUCCUCCUGCAUAUCAACAAGUUGAAAUGGCCGGAGAAGCAUCAGCGAGCCCUAACCAUGUUCUUCAUGAACAUUGUAGCCCACCCAUAUCGAUCGGAACACUUCGGCGAACAAGCACUGUUGCUCUACGCAGCCCGCGUCCGUCGUGACUGGCAUGACACCUUAGUCCUCAACAACGCCUUCGACAUCAGUAUCUUCAACCUCACCUUACUGAAGAAUAUGAGCGAAGAAGUUUGGAACCGAGCGCGGCACGAAUCUCUCUUAGAGGUCAGUUCAUCUUUAGUC